GUCUUGGUUUUUUAAACGUUUUAAGAAGAGCAUUUUAAAAUAAGGUAAAGAUCAGUUAUAAUGAACCCUGAAGAUCAUCCGAUCGGCAUCCAAACCAACUUCAAACUUGUAAACUUUGGAAUAUUGGACCUGAACAUGUGUUUUUGAGCAGAACACCUAUCAUGUCAGGACAGUCCCGGAACUCUUGGAUAAAGAAAGAUGACCCUAAGCUUGUCUCUGGCAAGCGAAAGGAUAUUUUUGAAGACAUCCUUGAGGAUCGUCGCAACUCCAGUGAUGCAAAAUGGGCAUGGCACACACGAGACGUUCCUGUCUAUAAAUACAACAAAUCCAGGUCACCAGAGGAAAUUAAGAAGCAUGUUCUACACAGUGAUAGAGUCAAAUAUGCAAUAGAACAGGUGUGUGAUGAAAGUGGUUUGCCAAUGGAUGAAGUACACAAACAAACUGUGGAGAUAGUAAAUGAAAUGGCUCACAAUCUCAGCAUAAAUGCUAUUCGAGGGUUUGCAGUGUUUCUUGUAAAAGUUAUGAAAGCCCUCUUUAGGAGAAUCUACGUCAAUGAGGAAGGCAUACAAAAGGUUCGCAACAUGAUUAAGGAGUACCCCGUUUUGCUGAUGCCUACACACAGAAGUUACUUCGACUUCCUGUUGGUUUCAUUUGUUUUUUUCUCAUAUGAGUUACCUCUCCCAGUCAUCGCAGCUGCCAUGGACUUUAGCAAUAUGAAAUUCUUCGGUUGGCUGUUGAGGAAUUGUGGAGCUUUCUACAUUCGACGGAGUUUUGGAGAUGACCAGCUUUACUGGGCAGUGUUCACUGAGUAUGUGCAGACACAGAUCUGUAAUGGAGACCACCCUGUGGAAUUUUAUGUAGAGGGAACUAGAAGUCGAACACUCAAAUCCUACACCCCAAAAUUUGGUAUGUUGUCAGCAUCACUAGAGCCAUACUUUAAGGCCCACAUUCCCGAUGUUAUGCUGUUCCCAGUCAGUAUUAGUUAUGACAAAGUCUUGGAAGAAACUUUGUAUGCUUAUGAACUACUUGGUGUUCCUAAACCCAAAGAAUCAACUGGGGCAUUACUGAAGGCAAGGAAUAUUUUGAAUGAGGAUUUUGGAAAUGUUCACAUGUUCUUCGGUGAACCCAUUUCAAUCAGACACUACACAACAGGAAGAGUGGAUAGAAGUGUUCAUAAUUUAGCACCAAGAUACAUAGCCAACUUGUCGAAGGAAGAAACUGAGCUCUUACAAAGUCUUGGAUAUGAUGUUGUCAUGAAGCACCUGAAGCAUAUGGUUAUCUCCCCCUGGUCUCUGAUUGCUGCUGUCAUGAUUCAGAAUAAAGAUGGCAUUACUAUCAAACAGUUGACAAAGGAAGUGGAGUGGAUCAAAAGACAGGCCUUCAACUUAGGAGCGUAUAUUGACUGGCCAGGUUCCGAAACAGCUGAUGACAUCAUUAGAAGUGCACUUAGUCUUCAUAAAAACUUUGUACAAGUGACUCCUGAUGACCUCAUUCAACUGGUUUCCGUGGAAGCACCUCACCAGAAAGGGAAUCAGGAUGAGUUGAUGCAGUCUGCAGCACAACACAUGGUGUUAACUCUGUACAGAAAUCAACUCAUGCAUGUCUUCGUUCGAAUUGCCAUGGUCGCCAUCAGCAUUAAUGCUUGUCCACAUGACACUCUUGCAGUCGAUGAGCUAUUCACAAAAUACUCCUUCCUAGAAAAUCUCCUGAAGAGAGAUUUUAUUUUUGGGAAUGGUUGUACAAAACAGGACUUUGAAAAUGCAUUGCUUACACUCACUCAUAACUGUGGUGUUAUUAUGCAAGAUCAGCUGGUCCAAAUUAAGAAGUCCCAGAAUAAAUACACCACAUUCUUCAGUCAAAUGUUUGAACCAUUCUUACUAGGAUACUGGAUACUUGGUCGGUGCAUUUUAUCAACACAAAUCGAUAUCCAUAACAAACCAAUAGCCAAGCCACCAAAAGUAAUAUCACGAGAAGCCCAGAUGCUGGGGGCUCGAUUAUUACGUGACCAGUGCAUUCGGAAUCUAGAGGUUCUCUCCUUAGACUUGCUCAAUAAUGGACUUCACGCUAUGUUUCAUAUGGGAGCAGUCAAAAAAGAGAAAAGAGAUGGACAACCAUACAUGUUCCCAAACACAAUUGUUUUAACCAAUGUCUGUGCCCAAAUAGAGGAAUUUAUUGAAGUCCCACAGAUUCCCACAACAGUUAUCAAUGUGGAAUCAAAGACAGUGGUCAUUACUGCCAAAAUGUGAUAGUAACAAGAUAUGUGAUGAGACAAUAACUGCGGACAAUACGUGAUAAUGACAAGAUAUGUGAUGAAACAAUAACUGCGGACAAUACGUGAUAGUGACAAGAUAUGUGAUGAAACAAUAACUGCGGACAAUACGUGAUAGUGACAAGAUAUGUGAUGAAACAAUAACUGCGGACAAUACAUGGCAGAGAUACAGUCAUAGUUAGCAGCCAAUAGACGAUAGCGAUGGCUCCAAAUGAAGGAACAUACCUGGUACUGUUCUUCGUGCUCCUGAUUGGAACAAAAUUAUUUAUUCCUGGUGAUCAAUACCUCAUGUUUUGUGGACCCAAUCAUGUUAUUCUUUUUCAAUACAGUUGGAUAUUUUCAAUGUAUAAAAGAGCGUAAUUUGUUUUUUGAGAAGUGAUCAAUGCCGUCAGCAUAGCAGAUGCAAGUAAAACUAGAAACAGUAAUUUUAAAGCUGCUUUUUCAAAUGAAGGAUUUUUGUUCCAGAUCCAAACACUAUUAGAGAUUAUGUACAUAUACUUGUUCAAGCAUAAUUCUUCUAAAAUACCAUGACCAAUCUAAGUGCUGUAGAGGGAAUUGUCAAUUGUGUGAUGUUCUCUGUACUUCUCAACUAUUUAUACAGUGUCUCCAUUUGUAAUGGAAACAGCAUGAUGUGCUAAGUGUUGACUGAAUUUUACUUAGUACUAAAGGAGGUUUUAUCAUUAUCUAAAAUAAUGUGUACCAUCAUGGCUCUACUAUUAUUUUUAAUGAGAGGAAAGAGAUGAGCACUUCAGUCAUUUGAUUGAAGGAAAAUAUUGGGCACUACAGGAUCAAAGAUAAGUACAGGGUAAAUGAGAUAAGUACUAGGUCAAAGAUAAGUACAGGGUAAAUGAGAUAAAUACAGGGUCAAAGAUAAGUACAGGGUAAAUGAGAUAAGUACAGGGUAAAUGAGAUAAGUACAGGGUCAAUGAGAUAAGUACAGGGUCAAAGAUAAGUACAGGGUCAAUGAGAUAAGUACAGGGUCAAUGAGAUAAGUACAGGGUCAAUGAGAUAAGUACAGGGUAAACGAGAUAAGUACAGGGUCAAAGAUAAGUACAGGGUAAAUGAUAGAGUGUUCAAGUAUGGAUUUUCUUUAUGUCACUUAUGUGGCAAAACACACCAAAUAAUUUGACCAAGGUUUAUGAUACAUUCACAUGACAGGUUUACAGGGAGUGGAGAUCAUUUUUAAGCAUUCAUGAUUUAUGAAACUACAAUUGAUGUAGUAGAAAUAUGAAUGGAAAUUACCAUAGCUAUUUCUUUACUUCAUUUUCAGUCGUUGUGUCUCUUAAUAUCUGGCAUACUCAUUAUCGAUAUUUAAGGUAAAGAUUCCAAGUAUCAUUCUUAAAGCUUGUAGAAAUAUUGUUCUGUUUUCUGAAAAUUUGAGCAUCAUUUUAAUGACAUUGGGUCACAGGAAUUAAGUUUGAUCGAUCCUCAUGUGAUGUCGAAGAAAUCUUUAUUGAAUUAAACUUUGCGCAUGAUAGAAAUAUGUGUUUUAGAGAAAUUUUAUCUACUGCAUAGAAUAAAAAAAAACUGGUAAGGUAUUGAUACUGAAAAAGUUUAUAUUUUCCAAAGGUAAUCAUGUAUUUAUAAUUAAAAAAUGCUGUCAAGGGCAAUAACUCCUGUGCUGGUAUUUUUUCCACUGCAUGUCCAUUAUACAAUGAUUUUCCUAAUAUCCAGUUAAUUUAUACAUAUUUAUCAAUUAGUAAAUUUUUUUUUACACUGUUGGCAUUUAGAAUUUGUCAUUUCAACAAGUUUUUAUCUAAUUUUAUUAUUCUGUAUGAUGAAAAUGUGUGAUUUUCUUAUGUCAACAUAUAUGCUUCUGCUUUUGUAUGUCUGACAUCUUUAAAAAGGUGGUUGCCACUUUCUUUGGUUAUUAAUUAAAUCUAACUAUACUGUA